UCCUAGAUACCUGGCUGCAAGGCUCUUUCCCUUCCGGUUUUUAAGCCCUUUCUCUGCUCGCUGGUUUCGACUUGGGCCGUGUAGUGUGGAGAAGGGGCGGGAUGCCUCCUCCCUUCUGCUCCUACUGGGAGGGUCCACUUCGUGCUUGGCUGGAUUUCAGGGAUCCGAAGUGUCAGCUUUAGGCCUGGUGAAGCUUGGUGACCCCAUGGCCCCUCUCGGAGCCUCCCCGCGUCUGGUGCUGCUGUUUAGCGGGAAGAGAAAAUCCGGGAAGGACUUCGUGACCGAGAGGCUGCAGAGCAGACUUGGAGGUAACAUCUGUGCUGUCCUGCGGCUCUCUGGUCCACUCAAGGAGCAGUAUGCGCGGGAGCAUGGCUUGGACUUCCAGAGACUUCUGGACGCGAGCACCUACAAGGAGACCUAUCGGAGGGACAUGAUCCGCUGGGGGGAGGAGAAACGCCAGGCGGACCCAGGCUUCUUCUGCCGGAAGAUUGUGGAAGGCGUGUCCCAGCCUGUCUGGCUGGUGAGUGACACACGGAGGGUGUCUGACGUCCAGUGGUUUCAGGAGGCCUACGGGGCUGCGACCCAGACAGUUCGAGUAGUAGCCUCGGAGCAGAGUCGACAGCAGCGGGGCUGGGUGUUCACCCCAGGGGUGGACGAUGCAGAGUCAGAAUGUGGCCUGGACAAUUUCGGGAACUUUGACUGGGUCAUUGAGAACCACGGGGAUGAGCAGCGCCUGGAGGGUCAGUUGGAGAAGCUGCUGGAAUUUAUUCACGGCAAACUUUAGUGACGAGGCUCGAGGGGUGGACAGAGACUGAUGAACCGGGUCCAUGGUUCUGCCCAAUGCCGGUCCCCAGUCCUGGCUGAGGUCAGAAAACAGACAGACGGUCUGGUUAAAUUUCCAGAGGUGUGGGGAGGUUGCUUGUGGGUAGUGGGCAAAUAAAGAAACCUCUGGUGUGUGUCUUCUCUGGAGAGGAUGCUCUGCUGCUUUAGGGCACUUACAGGGCAAAGGCAAGGACAUGAGUUUUGCCUGAGGUAGGAACAUUCCCACGUCCAUGGUGGGAUGGCCUGCAGAGUUGUGAUGGUGUCGCUUCCCUGUGUGUAAGCUCUCAGCCCCAGAAUUCUAAUAAACCUCCUUGGAACACA